GGCCUUGGCCUUGUCAGGCGGACGGUGAUCCGGAGCCUAGCGGCAGCGGUAAAACCCUGACUGUUUUCAAGGCGUCUUUAUUAUUAAUCCUUUGCCUUUGAGGCAGGAGCCCCGUGUGAUUAGCGGUUGUGACAGGAGCUUCCCCUCUCCCCGGGUGUGAUGUGCGCCUGUUUGGGGAGCUGGGUUUGCUGUUGGGGCACAAAUCCAGAGCGAUACAGACAGCGCCCGAGGUUCAUCAUCUCCAUUUGAAACCCCCGUUUUGCACUGACAUUGACGCGGUUUAAAUGCCGCCAGUUUGCAGCGUUGAAGUUUAAGUAGUUAAACUAUCGUUCCAGCUGCCGCCAUGUCGAGGAUAGUGACCGUCCUGUCCCUCUGCUGGAGUUGUCUGCUCUUCUAUGCCGGCCUCGGCCUCUUCCUCAGCGGCUUCCUGCUGGUUCGAGUGGAGCUCCGCAGCCGCAGUUCAUGUCGGGAGACACCUGUCCCCGCGACCCGAGGCGACCACCAGGAGACGGGCUUCAGCCAAGAUGACAGCUCGUGUUGGAUGUCUCGACGGUUCUCCAGGGCGGUCGUGCUGGUUAUAGACGCUUUGAGGUUUGAUUUCGCCAAAUACAACCCAGAAAACCGGGACCCCAAACCGUAUGAGAACAAACUGGAGGUGAUCUAUCACACCGUUGUUUCUAAACCUGAACAUGCCAGGCUUUUCCAGUUCAGAGCUGACCCUCCCACAACCACCAUGCAGAGGAUUAAAGGCAUGACUACUGGUACCUUACCCACCUUCAUAGAUGUCGGCAGCAACUUUGCAUCGACUGCAAUUCAGGAAGAUAACUUGAUUCAGCAACUUGUGCAAAAUGAGAAGAAAGUGAUUUUCAUGGGAGAUGACACUUGGGAAGGCCUGUUUCCAAAUACGUUUUUCAAAUCAUUCCCCUUUCCUUCUUUUAAUGUAAAAGAUCUUCACACAGUGGAUAAUGGCAUUCUUCAACAUAUUUACACAACAGUGGAAGGGAAGGAUUGGGAUGUACUCAUUGCACAUUUUCUAGGAGUUGACCACUGUGGACAUAGAUAUGGGCCUCAUCAUCCAGCAAUGGCAGCAAAGCUCAGCCAGAUGAACAAGAUGUUGAGGUCAGUGAUUGGGCAACUGCAGAAUGAUACAUUGCUGGUGGUCCUAGGGGAUCAUGGAAUGACAAAUACUGGAGAUCAUGGGGGUGACAGUGAAGAGGAAGUCAACGCAGCAUUAUUUAUUUAUAGCACACUUCCCCUGUUUGAGAUAAAACACACUGAAGACCCAGAUGUUGUGUCUCAGAUAGAUCUUGUACCAACCUUGGCUCUUCUACUUGGGGUUCCUAUUCCAUACAGUAAUAUUGGUAUGGUGAUGGUGGACAUGUUUAUCUCCAAACCGAAGCUGGAUGAUAAUCAAUAUCUUGAACAAGCAAAAGCACUUCACAUCAAUAUCAUACAGGUGAAUCGAUUUUUGGAAUCCUACUCUUAUGCUGCCAAGGAUCUCCCUGUGACAAAGCUGAAAUAUCUGAAGGAAUUGUUUUCCACUGCAAUGGCUGAGUAUAAUGACCUGAUUGAAAACAUGCAGGUUUCUCAAAAAUUUGUUACUGACCAAGAUUUUCACACAAGGUUUCAAAAGCUGUUAACCACACAGCAACAUUACUUGAGAGAGACCAAGGAAAUUUGUCGCGAAUCAUGGGCACAAUUCAACCCUGCACAUAUGCUGUGUGGUAUUAUACUUCUAGCAGCAACAUGUGUACAUUGUUUUCUGGUUUCUGAAACUGCUGCAACAUUUGAAUCUUUGUACAAACAACUUCUUUUGUAUCCAGUUAUCUGGGGUCUGGCUGCAGGAUUAACAGUUUAUAUCUGGAUGCUGACAUCUGACAUUAUGGUGGAACCUCUGAUAAUAUGUUGCUGGGUAGCUAUUGGAUCACAUGUGAGCUUCCAUUGGAACUUCUGGAGAUUGAAACUCAAUAAUGAUCACAUUGCAAAAAAACUGAUCCAAAGCUCCAAUGCUGGUAUUCAGUGGAAGUGGAAAAGUUUGUUGAAGUUCCUUGUACCUUUGGGAAUUCUCCUAUUACGGUGCCUAGCUAUGUUUUCCAAUAGCUUUGUAAUAACUGAAGGGCAAGUAGUAUCAUUCCUUUUGAAAUCUAUUGUAACUUUUACCAUCUUGAAACUAAAAUGGAAUGGAAAACUUACCAGUUAUUAUUUAAAUACACCAUUUGUACCAGAGGUGCAAAAGAAUUCUGGUUCCAUUUCAUACAAACGAGAAUCUUUUUACUUAAUUGGGUUACUGGUGGCCUUCCUGCUGUGCGUACUUUUCUCCAGCAACUUUUAUAACUGUCGUGAAGAACUUGUAGACUGUGAGCCCUCCUCCUUCCUGAAACCUUUGUCGAGGUUAAAUGAUAGUCAGCAAAGGAACUUCCAUUAUAUCCUGACAAUAUCAUCACUUGCAGCCUUGGUAUAUCUCAUACGAAAAUGGUUCCUUCAUUAUGGGAACCUCAACAGCUCACACUUGGUUGUGUUUUUUGUACGUUUGGGUUUCCCAUUUAUUGUAUUUUGUUUAUGCUGCUAUUGGGCUGUGAAUGCUGCUCCAGAAGAAACCUCUAUUAAACUUCAAGAACUGACAAAGAAGAUUGCAAUCGUAGUCCCAGGCAUUAUCUUUGUGCUGAUAAUGACAGGCUUCCUCAUCGUCCUAUGGAACCCAAUCACCGUGUUUGUGAAAGACAACAGACAGUCUGAUGAAACUCUUGUUCCUCCCUACAAAGGCUGUCCUGAAAUGGAAGAUGACUCUCUCUAUGUAGUCCCACUGAUAUACCGUAAGAUGCAGCAAUCAAUGAGUACUUACUUUAAUGACAACCAAAUAAAGACUCGGACGGUGGCUGCUUAUGGUUUGGGAACGGUGUAUUCAGCUGCACUUCUCACUGUCCUUGCUCUUUUGACAUUGUUACUUAUUAUGCUGCAUAAUGAGAGAAUGUCACUGGCAUUCCUGCUGCUAUUCUUGGAGGGAUUUUCUUUCCUCGAGAUACAUGGUACAGCAAGGAACCUUUCAUUACAGUCCGAUAAUACUGGUUAUUUCUCUGUUCCUUGGUAUGCAGUUACAGCCUGGGCCUUUUCAGCUACGCAGUUCUUUUAUGCCACUGGGCAUCAACCAACAUUCCCAGCAAUCCAGUGGAAUGCAGCUUUUGUUGGGUUCAUUGAAGGACAUAGCACCAAUAUACUGCCAGCACUAUUGGUGGGAAUGAACACCUUUGCUUCUCAUAUUCUGUUUGCAGUUGGAUGUCCUUUGCUGCUGCUUUGGCCAUUUGUUCGUGAAAUGAAAAACUCUAAAAGCAAGAACGUCAAAAAGGAAUCUGGAGAUGAGGAUCCGGUGAUGGAAAUGAGGCUGCGAGAAAAUCCUCAGAUGUUUUCUGUGGCCAUGCUGCAACUGGGAAUGCGAUACUUAUUUGUCUACGGUGUGCAGCUCCUUGCUUCUGUGUGUGCUGCUGCUGUAUUGAGGAGACAUUUAAUGGUGUGGAAGAUCUUUGCACCAAAGUUUCUAUUUGAGGCUUUGGGCUUUGUUGUGACAAGUAUCUACCUUCUCAUGACUUUUUGCUUCAUGAUGCGUGUGGAUGUUGGUGUCAACAAGUGGUUUGAAAAACUCCUUUUGAAGCAGUCAAGAUAGUUAUUAACACUACAACAGAAAAAGUAGGGACUGCUGAAGAUAAUUAAAAUGCACAGAUUGCCAUUGCAUACCAAGAGAAAAUGAUCGUUACCUUGCUGUACUGUAUCUCUGGACAUCAGAAGAUGCUGCUGUAAAAGAAGCACAAUUUACCUUAAUGCCUUGUGUAACCAAUAAACAAAUGCUGAAGUUUUAUUGUGCACACUAGUGAAAAAGAGGUAUAAAUCACUGUGAAUGAAAACUAGAACUUUUUGUCAUUUCUUACAAUUAACAAGUGAUUGAUUACCUGCAAAAUGCACUAGGUUGAAGUGUGCAUUUAACACUGUACAAUUUAGUGUUAAAUUCUUUGCGCAUCAGCACAAAUGGUACCAGUACAAAAGCAUGCAGUCUACUAUUGUAAUAUAAAAGCAAAAUACUGCAGAUGCUGGAAAUCUGAAAUAAAAACAAAAUGCUGGAAAAGCU